AUGUCAACUUCAUCAUCAUCGUCCGUUGUAACGAGUUAUAUUUCCGACUUGUCGUCCAUGACAGAUCCAACGGAUUUUCCGCAACAAUCUUUACGACUACUCGAUACAAUUUCUAGAUGUCCAAUAUGCAAAGAAUUUUUUAAUACACCAAAGAUAGGAGAUUGUGGACAUACUUAUUGCUCUUUUUGUAUAUUGAGAUCUUUGGCUAUUGAACGAAAUUGCGCGGUUUGUAAGAAAAUUUUAUCGGAUCAUCAAUUGCUCAAAUGUGUAACUACUGAGAAAAUUGUUGAUAGCUGGAAGAAUAUCAGGAGAACAAUAUUAAAAGGAGCAAAUGAAGAAUUUCGUAAGAAUAAAAUUCGAGAUUACAUUCGUAGGUCUGACAACACAACUUUAUCUCGUACUUAUUCAAAUUUGAAAAGUAGUUCAAAUGGAAAGAAGAAUACGAAAAAAUUAGGUUAUACAUACCUAUACACUCCAGAAUCGUCGCCUUCAUCUUUACCUUCUUUACCAUCUGAUAUUAAUGAAAACCAACUAGAAACUAGUUAUAUGAAAAUUUGUAUUCAACAAUGA